CCGCUAUGCUACCCUGAUCUGCUGUCAGAAAACUCAUAGCCUCGUACUACGAUUCCAGUGACAAUGACUCCAGUCCUUCCCCACGGGGUAUCUCCAUCUCCAGAACCCCGCAUCUUGCAGGGGGCCUUUCGAGAUAGAUGCAGCUCUGCACUGAACGCGAUCUAGCGCAAGCGACAGCCGACGUCCAAGGCCGACAAGGUACAAGUCGCUGCAUGGAUAAAUUCUGAUUCAUGGAAUUCAACCAUGUUGCAGACAGAUAUCCACGUCUUCGGCCUGCGUUGACCCAGAGUUGACCAGAGUCGCUCCGUGUAUAUCUUCAAUGCCUCCAGCAAAGGUGACUCGUCUACCCCACAAGCUCCACGAUGCAUAUGCAAAUUCUGGCUGCCGUGGUUGCGGCGCUGUUGCCCACAGUGCGGGCUCAAGCACCCUCACCGGAGCAGUACUGGAACGUGUCACCGCCCAUUGACUACACAGAUGAGCUGUACGCAGGAUUCCCCCAGCUCAAGGUCGAUGCCGAAGCUCUUGUAUAUAAGGGGACAGAAGUCAACCGCACCUACGCCCACCACCCCGAGCUCUACCACGAUGGAAACCGCACGUACCUGAUGUACUCCACGGCGCCCAUCGACGAAGACUCGACCGGCCAGGACGCCUGGCUGUCGACCUCCACCGACGGCGGCUUCACUUGGUCCAAGGGCUUCUCCAUCCUGCCUGAUGCCCUGCUCCCCAACCAGUCCCACCCCGCAAACUACACCUACUGGUGCAACAACCGCAUCUGGCAGCGCGCCCACCACCCUGUCGCCUGGGUCCCCGUCAACAAAAACACCCUCUACGCUGUCUCCCAGACCACGCUGCGCUUCUGCUGGAGCGACGCCGACAAGGGCACCAAAGCCGCGGGCCGCAUCGCGCGCGUCAUCGACAAGACCGGCGCGCCCGUUGGCGACCCCUGCUGGACGUCGCAGAAUAACUGGACCGAGGUCGUGCGCUUCAAUGAAACCGUCUACGGCAAGUACGGCAUGAAACUGUGUCGCCACGCCGCCCAAAUCGAAGCCUACCUGAAGGAACCCGUGCACACGCCCGCCUGGGGCACCUGGCUGUACCAAACGCCGCUCUUCGCCGCCGACAACAUCCACGACAUGCAGGAGCCCACGCACGCCGUGUGGCGCGGCUCGCCGAAGAAGGGCUACUGGGAGCGCUUCUGGCGCGACAUCAGCAACAGCAGCACCAUCAGCCACGCGGUGUGGGUCGAGCGCACGCGCUCCCCGUCCGGCCGCUCGUGGUACCCCGCCGUGGAAGCGCAGCACGGCAACGCCAUCUUCCGCACCGACAUCCCCGACGUCGGGAGCAAGCAGCACCACGGCGUGCUGCCGGGGGAUGUGCGCUAUCUCGUGCACAACCCGCGCAACAACACGGCGCGGCUGCGGCAGCCGCUGACGAUUGCGACGGGGCGCGGCGAGGGUGGUUUCACGGGCGUCGGCGUGCUGAGGACGAAUGCAAGUUCGCUGAUUGCGCCCGAUACGCGGGGGCUGAAGAGGCUGAUGUUUAGCUAUCCGACGGCGGUGAUGGUGCGGGGGAAGCUGGUGGUGGCGUACAGUGAGAAUAAGGAGAAUAUCUGGGUCAGUGUUGUAGAUCCUAAGAAUCUGCGGUGAAUACAAUCAUCUCUUGAGAUGUGAGAAUCAUAUGCAGUACGGAGAAGC